CAAAACGAACAGUUUCUGUUGUGGUGCCAUUUACGCCCUAUAGCUGUAGAAAUUCGUUUAACUUUUAGUCUACUAACUUUUUCUAUAUUUGGGAUAGUUUUUCUGGUGUUUCAAAAUUAUCCACAGUCAUUUUGACUUUUAUUUAGCCUGAGAGCUAAGCCGGAGGAUAGCUUCUAUAGCCAUAAGCGCUAACUUUAAGAGACCUGUCGGAUUCUUUUAAAUAUGUCAGCAUCAGAGUGUGUGUGGUUGUGUAUCGCCCUUCUGAUACUAUCUGCAUCAGCUGAAGGUGAACCCGGUUCAGGAAUCAAAGUAGUUGCAUCAGAAGGAAGUGACAUCAUCCUACCCUGCUCACUCAGCACCAAGGAGAACAUUGAACAAAAGCUGUUUGACUGGAAGAAAGUUGGUCCAAAUAAACAGGAGGUGUUCAUGUACGAUGCUGGCACUCAUUACAAUAAUGGCCGUCCAGGUCAAGACAAGAACUUCAAUAGACGGGUCUCACAUUUUCCACUAGAGCUGCAGUUUGGUAACGCCUCCAUAGUAAUCAGAAACACCAAGAUGAAUGACAGUGGAGACUACAUGUGUGUUUUUCCACGUCUGCAGCCAGAACAAACAUUCAACAUUCAACUUGUUUGGAGGGACAGCGAUGGGAACAUCCUUCCUGCUGAGGAGCCACAGGUGUCACACACAGGAGAGCGCUAUGACAUCACCCUCCUCACCACGGUGACCAGGACAAACAGCAACGUCUUCCACUGUGUAGCCACACAGGAGGAGCUCAGCCAUCGAACUGAGGAUAAACUCUACGUCCCUUACUGCGCUACAGCUCCAAAGCCAGAUAUUACCGUACUUGGUGGAACUGAGUCUGGGGUGAAGCUGAAGUGUCAUGUGGGACAUGUUUAUCCCGAGCCAAAGCUACAGUGGAAGGACAGCGAUGGAAAUGUUCUUCCUGCUGAGAACCCACAGGUCUCAGAAAGAGAAGGCCACUACAACGUCACCCUCUGGACUACUGUGACCCCGACUAAAACCAACUGCUUCCACUGUGUAGUCAAACAGGAGGGCUCGUACCAAGUGAUUGAUCAAAAGAUCAUUUUGUCAGAAAACCUGUUUAAAAGAACGUCUGAACAAGUUAUCACUGGCUGGAUGGUUGGAUGGGUUAUUGGAUUUUUAAGUUUUGCUUCACUUCAGCUUGUGCUUAUUGUUGCAAAGUGCAUCACAAUCCGCUUUAACAGAGCUUCAGGCUGUUUUGGGAGUAAAAACAGUCCCUCAGAGGAUCCAUCUGCAACAGGUUCUGCAACCAGCACAGGAAAAUUAAAUACUCUAAACAACGGUUCGGUGGUUUGAUCCCCAGCUACUUCAUACUGUUCGUGGACAAACUACUGAAGCCCAGAUUCUGUGUCUGUGUGUCUGUGUCUGUGUGUGUGUGUGUGUGUUAGAUAGUACUGUGUACAUACAUGAAUGCACACACAGGAGUUAUCAUGUGUGCAUGUAAAUGGGUUUCACCAGUAACACCAGAAAUUUAAAAAGGAUAGGUGGAUUAGGUUGAUUAAGUAAAACCCCUAAAAACAAUCUGAUGAAACUGUCGAGGAUCAAAUGAAUGAUAAAAUAAAGCAGGUGUCCAGCACAGUUAACCCUCUAAACCUGGGGUGUCCAACUCCAGGCCUCUAGGGGCAGGUCAACCCUGGGUCAACACACCUGAAUCAAGUGAUUAGUUUAUUAACAUGCUUCUGGAGAACUAAGAGUAACGGUGUGUUCACACCGGACGCGAUAGACGCGAGCGAAAACGCCCCAGACGCCCCUAAUUUGAUGCGUGCACAUUUGCACCUCGACACAUGUCCAACACAAAUCAAUCGCACCUCAAAAUUGCAUAUUCUGACCCGCGUGAACCGGAAAUGUGGGAGGAAUGUGGAAUGAGUGGUCCCUCAUGUAUUGCAGCACAUGAACAGUAGUCGCAGUUCUCACAAGUUGAUUCUCAAAGUGCAAACCUUUGUCGAUUUUCGAACGUAAAAGUAUUAUUAUGCCGCGUUUUUUCUCCGUCUGCACUUUUGUGCGCCUUUUCCCCUCGCGGUGCAGGUGUGUAUUUCCGAAUGAGGGUCAUAGUGAUGGGUGUUGUUGUGCUGUUGUUUCUAUUGGACGUGAUGGUUAUCAGAACCAAACAUGAUACGUUUGGCAAGCGCAGGAGACAGCACGGAGGAGAUUUGUCAAUCGGGCUGCAGAAUGCAAUGCACAUUGUUGAAAGCUGUACGGUGGAAAAGGCGAGGCAGUGACUGAUGAACAGCGGGACCACUGUAUACUGUUUAUUAAUAAACAAAAUAUAUUCGCGUGGUUUUAUUCGCAAGUCAAAUGCGCCAGAGGCGGUACACUGAUGCCCGUUUCACUCGUUUUUGUGAUGCAAAUCUGCUUCCGAAUUUUCGCGGGACCCGCAAUCGCGUGUCAUCGCGCUUUUUCCAUUGACUUUACAUGUAAAUCUGACGCUCUGUUCGCGUCUAUUGCGUUUGGUGUGAACACACCGUAAGACAUGUUGAGGAGGUAAUCUAGCCAUUUGAAUCAGCUGUGUUGGAUCAAGGACACAUCUAAAACCUGCAGGACACCGGCCCUCGAGGCCUGGAGUUUGAUACCUGUGCUCCAAAGCCUAACCGUUUAGCGGUGGUGACAGGCAGCUGAUGUUGCUCUGAGACCUGCCCAAAAAAAAUUGUGGUUUUACUCCAGACAGAAGAAGUUCUUCUCUAUUAUGAUUAGUGUAGCAAGUUCAAGGUAUUCAGAUUACUUCUGUGUCAACUGGAGUAAGAAGGUGUUUCGCAGCCUUAAUUUUUUUUUAAAAGGGCAACACCCAGUAAGCUGCUCCUCCUUCAUGCUCUGUAUGCAUUUUGGGUUAUUUUUUAAAGCUCAAGUUUUUGAUUUAUAUACAAAGAUAAUGCAAAGGGAACAUUGAUAAUGAUUAAGACGUAAAGAUGCAUAAGUUAGCUGCAUUCGGAAGGGUGUAAAAUUAUAAUUUAGCUACAGAUUUCCUACUCAAUUAUAAAUCCCCAGCAAUCCAUACAUUUACAUUUUAUUUUUGUAGAGUUGUACUAUUUAAGUUUUGUUUAAAUAGUAAUUGUUUGUUUUUAGUUUUUUACAUUGCACUAUUGUCCCAUUCACUUUUUCUUGUGCUUCUGUGUUGUGUGUGUGUGUGUGUGUGUGUGUGUGUGUAUAUAAUGUAAAUGAUCUCUGUGUGUAAUAUAUUGAAAUGUUAUAUGAUGUAAAUAUUUGUUAUAAAAUAUUUAAACAUUGAAAAGAAUAUUUUAAUGCACUGUUCAGCCAAAUA